AUGACGCAGCUUGAGAAAUUAGAUGAUCAAGAAUUGGUUGCAGCCGCCAGAACCUUGCAAAGAAUGCAACGUCAUGGCUGCCCAUACUACAUCCUAGGUAUUGCAGAGGAGGCUAAUUUGAAGGAAAUAAAGUGGGCCUACAGGAAGCGGACACUCAAGUUUAACCCUGAUAACUGCCAAGGGUCUAAAGACGAGCGACAGCGCAGAAUGGAUAUCAUGCACAAGGUCAACUAUGCUAAUUAUCUCCUAUGUGAUACUGAUGAAAGAAGAAAAUACAACGCAGUCAGGGAAUUCAUCAAGGACCUGGCAGAUAGCUUUUCAUCAGGCAUCCUUGGCGAUUCUCUCAUCUCCCUGAUGGAGGCAGGAGGCCCAACUAUCAGGAUGAGAGCCAACAGUUAUUCAGAGGAAGGAGGACCAGCUCUCAGGAUGAGAGCUAACAGCUGUUCGGAGGGUGGAGGAGAAGCGCUCAGGAUAAGAGCCAACAGCUAUUUGGAGGCUGGAGGACAAGCUCUCAGGAUGAGACCUAACAGCUGUUAG